UAGUAGUUUUUCCAACCACGAGGCUCACACAGAGAGUUGUCUCGCCAAAGGAGAGGGAAAAUGUCAUUGUCUUUUUCUCCUGUUCAUGUUCUCACCACUUAUCAUACGGAAUAAAAACCUUGUUAAACUGGGAUUAUCUUCAAUCUGAAUUCAGUAAAACAGAUUUAAUCUCAGACGGAUUCUUCUUGUGGGACUAGUUCUAUUAGGAUCCUACUAGUUCUCUGGUGUGGAUAUAAUACCAGUCUGUCUCUGAGAUGGGGUCCAGAACUCUUCUACUUGUUCUGGGUCUUCAUUUCACUCUACUGGGGAACAUAGAGGCCAGAGAUUGCGGCCUGGGCUUCAUUGCCAAUGGGAGACAACAAUGUGAUGAUAUAGAUGAGUGUAAAGAGUGGGACAGUACCCCACCCUGUGGAAGUAAUGCUACGUGUUACAACACAUAUGGAAGCUUCUACUGUCACUGUCUACCUGGGUUCAGAUCCACAACGACUUUCAAGUUUACUCCUCUCACUGGGGAGUGUAAGGACCUCAAUGAGUGCCUGGAGAACCCACAGGUUUGUGGCAGCAACACCAUUUGCAUCAACACCAUCGGGAGCUUCAACUGCCAAUGUCAACCUGGGUUCAGAGUUACUUACGCUGGACACUGUGCAGAUGAGGAUGAGUGUGUGUGGGUUCCCCCGGUGUGUGGCGCUCUGGGCAUGUGCACAAACACAGCUGGCCGAUACACCUGCACCUGUCCGCCAGGGCUCAGUAACCACGGCAACAACACUGCCCCCUGCACAGACAUAGAUGAGUGUAAUGAGAUCGCUGGUAUCUGUGGAGUGGGCGGGGACUGCCAGAACCAGAAAGGAAGCUACAGUUGCCUCUGUCACCCUGGAUACAGUAACUACGACAACAAACAGGCUCAGUGCUCAGUACUGACCUGUGACCAGUUCAAAGCGAAUGAGACUCCUGGACAGACUGUCCCAGGUUUAGCUGGUCUCCUGUCUCUGAUGAGGAACAGCUGUCUGGCGUUAAGUAACUCUGGGGACGCAGCCGGAGGGAGACUGACUGGAGAGGUGCUACUGGAGAAUGUCUUCACGGAGAUGGACGGCCUCUUGUCUCACGCUAUCCUAAACAACAGCCGGGAGGUGAGUGGGUUGCUAGGCACCGUGGAGGACGCCAUGAGGUUCAUCGGGCCGCAGCUCAGAGAUACCCACACCACCAUGGAGACAGACCACACAGCGACUGAGCUUGCAGUGAGGAGGGGACAGAUUCCGCCCACUGGGCCAAUCAGCCUGGCCAAUGACAACGCUCGGCUGGACACCAGCUGGGAGACAGCCACCGGCAACGGGACGUACCCAGGUUUCACUCUGGCUGGGUUGGUACAAACAGACACAGCAACCGCCACAGCAUCAAAGCCUAGCUACCAGAUCAGUUCCAAGGUGGUAACAGCCUUUGUCAGUAACCCAGCAACAGACCACCUCACCCAGCCUGUCAUCCUCACCUUCAAACAUCUACAGGUGAGGGCUGAGUCAAUGGAGAUGAACUACACCUGUGUGUUCUGGUCGGAGGGGCGUGUCCAUGAAGAGGGAGGGGCGUGGUCAAGGCAUGGCUGUACCAAAGUCACGUCUAACGCUACACACACCGUGUGUUCCUGUUCCCACCUUAGCAGCUUUGCUGUUCUCAUGGCCCUCUACCCUGUACAGAACACCUUUGAGCUGCGUCUGUUGACGUGGCUGGGUCUGUCGUUGUCUGUGGUGUGUCUGUUGCUGUGCAUCCUGACCUUCUGGCUGUGUCGGUCCAUCCAGGGGACACGCACCACCAUCCACCUCCACCUCUGUGUCUGCCUCUUCAUCGCUGACCUCGUCUUUCUCACCGGAAUCUCUCACACACAGAGCAAGGGAGGAUGUGGGUUUGUAGCAGGUCUCCUCCACCUGUUCUUCCUAGGAUCCUUCAGUUGGAUGUUGUUAGAGGGGGUUCAGCUCUAUCGCAUGGUGGUCCUGGUCUUCAACACUACCAUAAGACCUCUGUACCUGCAUGCUGUGGGAUAUGGACUGCCACUGACUAUAGUCAUCAUCUCUGCUGUCACCUACCCAGAUGGAUACGGUACCACACAACACUGUUGGUUGUCUCUGGAGAGAGGAUUCAUCUGGAGUUUCUUCGGCCCAGUGUGCACCAUCAUCAUCCUCAACACUUUCUUCUUCAUCAUCACUGUCUGGAGGCUGGCCCAGAAGUUCUCUAGUCUCAACCCUGACCUCUCCAACCUACACAAGAUCAAGGUGUUCACAGUGACAGCAGUGGCCCAGCUGUGUGUGUUGGGUACUAUGUGGAUAUUUGGAGUGUUCCAGUUCCAAGAGGAGGGGACAGUGGUCAUGACAUAUCUCUUCACUAUCCUCAACUCUCUACAGGGAGCACUGCUGUUCAUCAUGCACUGCCUACUGAACAAAACGGUUAGAGAGGAGUAUUGCAAGCUCCUGUCCUGUAUCUGCACACCACAGAAGAAGAGAUACUCAGAGGUCAGCACUACCAACCCUUCUUCCAGCCAAUCCCAGGGGUCAAGGAGCGCAGAGAACACGGGGGAGUCACAGAUAUGAUGUCACCAAACCCCCAUAAUGCACCUCUUUACUUCUCCUCCCAUGACAAAGGUUCCCACCAGAUGGCCAAACUGUGAAGUUAAAAUGGUCAAUAUCGUAAACAUUUAUGUGAAGUGUUUCUGAUUUAGUAUCUUGGCCAGAUAGUGACACACCAGAAACACUCAGCCCGAGGAUAGUACUGUUCAGACCAGGUUAGUAGAAAAUGUGUCCAACUAGCCCGCCAGAUAGUAAAAAUGGUAGUCCUCUAGCCAGGUUGGCCAGUGCCCAGAAUCCUUCAGUUCCAUCCCUGAUUAGACACUUCAUAUCAAACUUGAUGUUAACCACUGUCUUAAGCAUUAGGUUAUCCAAUCAGAAGUUAUGUGAUCUUCAUGUCAUCCAAUAGGAGUCCAUAAGGUCUUUAUGUCAUCCAAUUAGAAGUUAUAUGAUCUUCAUGUCAUCCAAUAGGAAUCUAUAUGAUCUUCAUGUCAUCCAAUAAGAAGUUAUAUGAUCUUCAUGUCAUCCAAUAGGAGUCCAUAAGGUCUUUAUGUCAUCCAAUUAGAAGUUAUAUGAUCUUCAUGUCAUCCAAUAGGAAUCUAUAUGAUCUUCAUGUCAUCCAAUAGGAAUCUAUAUGAUAUUUAUGUCAUCCAAUAGGAAUCUAUAUGAUAUUUAUGUCAUCCAAUAGGAAUCUAUAUGAUAUUUAUGUUAUCCAAUAGAAGUGAAUAUCCUCUUUAUGUAAUUAUCACAACCACAAAAGAAAGGUACUAUUUUACACCACUUCGAUGAAAUCAUAAACAUGAGCAACAUAAGCUUUUUUUUUUUAUUACCAAGAGAACAAGAAAGGGUGACUUUCUACACAAAUAAAUCCAAAGGGAUUUAAAUCCAAAGGGAUGUGAAGAUUUGUGUUAGUUGUGACCUAAUGGACUGUUUUACUGUUUUACUGUAAAUGUGUAUUGAUCUUUAACACUUUUUAAAUAACAUUUAAGAAUUAGUCUUUAUAAAUGAAUAUACAUGUUUAUAAAUUAUUAUAAAUGUUGUACAUUUUUUUAAUGGAAAGCUGGUAAUAUUUACACAUUCUUAUAAAUGUUUACAAAAAUAAUUGUAAAUCGUUUAUAAAUCGUUAAAAGGUUUAUUCACGAUAGUUAUUUUAAAGUGCUACCAUUGACACCUCUAUGUACAUAAUGAGAUGCGAACACCUGCAGUGCUUCUGUCCAAAAACAGCAUUUAUCAACGGGAUUCCAGAAAUCCCAGUGGUAAGAUUUCCACAAUCAGGAGGGAAUAAACCUGGGUAAAGCAACUGUUAAAACCUAACAAAUUAGCCUGUUAAAACCUAACAAAUUAGCCGCUAUGCCAAGAGAUCCGAACAGCUUGACGAGGUUGCUAGGUGUUGUGGUUUCAAUAGCUGUAUAGGUUUAGGAAUAAAGGAGUAACAAUGUACUGUACAGUUCUGCCAUUGUAGAGGUCCUUAGGCACAGAUCUAGGAUCAGAAUACAGUAAAUGUACUGUACAGUUCUGCCAUUGUAGAGGUCCUUAGGCACAGAUCUAGGAUCAGAAUACAGUAAAUGUACUGUACAGUUCUGCCAUUGUAGAGGUCCUUAGGCACAGAUCUAGGAUCAGAAUACAGUAAAUGUACUGUACAGUUCUGCCAUUGUAGAGGUCCUUAGGCACAGAUCUAGGAUCAGAAUACAGUAAAUUACUGUACAGUUCUGCCAUUGUAGAGGUCCUUAGGCACAGAUCUAGGAUCAGAAUACAGUAAAUUACUGUACAGUUCUGCCAUUGUAGAGGUCCUUAGGCACAGAUCUAGGAUCAGAAUACAGUAAAUGUACUGUACAGUUCUGCCAUUGUAGAGGUCCUUAGGCACAGAUCUAGGAUCAGAAUACAGUAAAUUACUGUACAGUUCUGCCAUUGUAGAGGUCCUUAGGCACAGAUCUAGGAUCAGAAUACAGUAAAUUACUGUACAGUUCUGCCAUUGUAGAGGUCCUUAGGCACAGAUCUAGGACCAGAACACAGUAAAUGUACUGUACAGUUCAGUAGAGGUUGUCCUUAGGCACAGAUCUAGGAUCAGCUUACCCAUCCCAAAACCUAACUUAAAGGGCUAUCCAGGAUUGGUACAUCCAGUUUUUUUUACUUUUAAAUGAUUGAUUUAUUGCUCUUGGUUCUUGUAGAAUAUAACUUAAAACUGCCUUGUGACCAGGUCAACAGUCGUUCCCCAUCAGUACCCCAACUAUAAGCUUGUUUUCACUCCAUUGUUUGUCCACGAUGUAAAGGUUUAAAACAUGGUUAAAAGUAUCCUGUUGAUCUCAUGGAUGGUCAGUCCUUGCAUCCAGAGAUCCAUCUGUGAUGUUGAGAGUGGUUCAAUCUAUCCAGGCCCAUCCCUCAGCUGUUAACCACAACAAGUGAUGGGAUGACCUGUUAGUUGCUUUUUAAAUCCCAGACUGCCCCUUUAAGGUUCCACCUAGAACUUGGUCUCAGAGUAACCAUGGAGAUUCAGUAGAGUCUUAAAACAAUCUAAAAAACGUCUACAUUCAAUGUUGUAUGUUUUAUAUUCUAUUCUGUUGCACUUUUACUUCGACAAGUUGUGUAUUUUAUACUUUUAAAGAACGUACCAUUUUCAUGUCCUUUAUCAACACUGUUCUGAAUGUAAGCACUUAGUGUUGUACUUGACUGUGUACUCUGUAGUGUGUGUGUGUGUGUGUGUGUGUGUGUGUGUGUAUGUGAGAGAGAGUGGGUAUGUUUCGGUAGCUUUAGCCACAAUAAAACGUUGCUACAAAUAA